AUGGACCUUCACGCCUCGCAGAUCCAGGGAUUCUUCAAUAUCCCCGUCGACAACCUGUACGCCGAGCCGAGUGUCCUUCAGUGGAUCAGACAGAACAUGAAUGUCGAGGACUGCGUCAUUGUCAGUCCCGAUGCGGGCGGCGCCAAGCGUGCCACCGGUAUUGCCGAUCGCCUGGAGACUGGCUUCGCCCUCAUUCACAAGGAGCGCCCGCGCCCCAACGUUGUCGGCCGCAUGAUUCUGGUCGGAGAUGUAACUGACAAGAUUGCUAUUCUGGUCGACGACAUGGCUGACACUUGUGGCACCCUCGCCAAGGCUGCGGAGACUCUCGAGACCGGCGGCGCGCGUGAAGUCAUUGCCAUCGUCACCCACGGCGUCCUCAGCGGUAACGCCGUCGAGACGCUCAACAAGAGCUGCCUAUCUCGCGUCGUCGUCACCAACACGGUGCCCCUCGGCGACAAGAUUGAGCGCUGCCCCAAGCUGCGCGUCAUCGACAUCAGCCAGGUCCUGGGCGAGGCCAUCCGCCGCACCCACAACGGCGAGAGCGUCAGCUACCUCUUCAACCACGUUCCCGUCUAG